UUUUUUUUUACUGUCUGCUGAGAUCCAUACAGAGACCAAGACGGUGCAUUCCUCUGUCACAGGGAUCACGACCAAGACACUCCUGGCUGAGCUCUACAUUAGAUAUACUCUACGAAACUGCAGUGUCAAGCAUUCGCUAACGAUUAAAAUUUUGAAAGCAGUUUCAUUUGUAAUUUGUCUUUUUCUGGACACACCCCCACACAGCAAACAAGUUUUCCGAAGUCAGCGCUACAGUUAAAAUCCCAAACUGAAGAUGGCUUCAGGCAAAGCAGAACCAGCAUUUUGCAGAGGGGAUCAUACUCUGAAAGUUCCAAUGGAGUUGUUCCAGCAGAAUCGUCAGAGACUGUGUGAACGGCUUCGAGCCAACAAGAACAUUCCUAAAGGUGCUAUCGUCGUGCUCCAGAGUGGAGUCUCAGAGACUCGCAACGACUCAGACAAUGAGCCCCUCUUUAGACAGGAGUCGUACUUUCACUGGACAUUUGGCGUUGAAGAGCCAGAUUUUUAUGGGGCUGUGGAAGUGGACACUGGCAGGUCCAUCCUGUUUCCUCCAAACCUCCCAGAUGCUUAUGCUGUCUGGAUGGGCAGGCUCUUGACAAGGGACGACUUCAAACGACUGUACGCUGUGGAUGAGGUGGUCUUUUCUGACAAGAUGGCUGAGGCUUUGAAGGAGAAAAGUCCUUCUGUUUUGUUGACUUUGUAUGGCCUGAACACUGACAGCGGCAAGUACAGUCGGGAGGCUGUGUUUGAAGGCAUUGCCAAUUUCACGGUCAAUAAUGAAUGGUUGCACCCGGACAUCACCGAAUGCCGUGUGUUCAAGACUGACCUUGAGCUUCAAUUGCUGCGAUACUGCAACCGCAUCAGCAGUGAGGCUCACAUUGCGGUGAUGAAAGCUGUACGCCCAGAAAUGUUUGAAUACCAAGCGGAGAGCCUGUUCCACCACUACUGCCGCUUCAAUGGAGGUCUGCGUAUGGUGUCCUACACCUGCAUCUGUGGAAGUGGUCACAACGGUUCUGUGCUCCACUACGGACACGCCGGCGCCCCCAACAGCAAACAGAUCCAGGAUGGAGACAUGUGCCUGUUUGACAUGGGCGGAGAGUACUACUGCUACACCUCCGACAUCACCUGCUCCUUCCCGGCCAAUGGCAAGUUCACACCAGACCAGAAGGCCGUCUACGAGGCCGUGCUGGCUGCCAGUCUGGCCGUCAUGAAGGCUGUGAAACCUGGAGUAUCCUGGGUGGACAUGCACAAGCUGGCCGAGCGUCGUAUUCUGGAGCAUCUUGUGGCCCUGGGCGCUCUUCGCGGUGACGUUGACCGCAUGAUGGAGGUCAGGCUUGGUGCUGUGUUCAUGCCACACGGUCUGGGUCAUUUCAUGGGGAUUGACACGCACGACGUUGGUGGCUAUCCUGAGGGAACAGAGCGUAUUGACCAGCCAGGCCUGCGGUCACUGAGGACAGUCCGUACCCUGGAGCCUCGCAUGGUUCUCACCAUCGAGCCAGGAUGCUACUUCAUCGACGCGCUCCUGGACGGAGCGCUCCGCAAUGAGCAACAGAGAGAGUUCCUUGUGGAGGAUGUGAUCAGCAGACUUAGGGGAUUUGGUGGGGUUCGCAUUGAGGAUGACAUCGCUAUCACCGAGGACGGUAUGGAGCUGUUUACGUGUGUUCCUCGCACGGUGGAGGAAAUUGAGCGUGUCAUGGCCGCCGCGCGUCCGACACACCAACCUCUUCCUCAGCAGAAAGGCGCCCAGGAACAGCAAGCUUUUUAGACCCUUUUGCUUUCUGCCAGGUGCUGGUCCACUGCUGGACACUACUGUAUGUUUUUCCAAGUGGUGUCUUGGUUUUUGUUUUUGGUGGGUUGGGAAUUUACUAGGAUGGGAGUGAAAAGUGAAACCGAAUUCUGGUCAUAUAAAAAAAAGUAGAAUUUAAUCGUAUUUAUUUAAUUUGAGAAAAAUUGGUCAAUUGUUGUUUACUCUGUAAAGUGUCUGUACUAUUCUGGUCCUUAUUUUAAGUGGGAGCAAAAGAAUAUGAAAGAGAAUACCAAAUAAUCUGAAUGUUUUAUGAAGUGAAGACUGGAACAAUCAGAGAUUUUUAUGCAAAAUGAACAAAAAGAAACUGACAAAACUACUGCUUUUUUGCGGCGAUAUUAUUUAUUGGCAAAUCUAUCUACAAAUGAAAAGAGAACAAA